UAAAUUUCCGACAUAAUAUGAGGAAUAUCAUUUUAUAGAUCAAACACGAAUGCACGUGCCGGUCUCGGAUAUCGGGUUUUAGUACCUACACAAUUCAUAUCGGCUAGAAGCAAAGAAAGCGUCUGCAUGAUAUAAAAAGAAAUGGCAUGGUCUGCAAACCAGUUUAGUGACUUUACAAUAAACAGGCCGACUAACCAGACAUCAGGGCUCCAUUUAAAUAACAAGACAUCCUUCAACAACAGAGGACUUGGCACAACGAAUUCAUUUAAUAGACAAAACUAUCAUUCAGCAAGGAACACUGGAUCUGGUAUACAGAAACUCGAGGAAUUAACCCCUGGAUCAAUAGCUAAUAUUAUUGGUGUUGUUAUAGCCAAGGAGAGUCCUAGAUCAGUUUUUAGCAAAAAGAAUGCAGGUACAGAAAGGUUCCUGCUGGGUUUUGUGAUCAGGGAUUCACCAGCUGGUUUUGUAAACUGUACUUGCUGGGGAAGUGAGCCUUUCAUAGCAGAUCUUGCCAAGUCUUUCUGUAUUGGAGAUGUUGUGAAGGUAGACAAUGCCCAGGUACAGAUGAAUCCCUCAGAUGGAUCGGAUGAAAAAUUUAGAGUGUCUUCACCUCUCGGAUUCCAUUUAACGCUGAGUGAGAAUCACAGUAGUUUAACCCUGUACAAUGGUUUAGACUUGGGAACAUAUUCUCCACUACAGUUUAUCCCAAUCAAGCCAAACAGUGAUUACUACACACUGGAGGAUGUCCUAGCCAAUGGUCAGGCUUUAAAUGGAGAACAUAUCAGUCUUCUGGCAGCAGUAAGAAAGAUUGGAGAACCACGUGAUAUCACCACAAAAGCUGGCAAACAUACAAAGAGGUGUGAGAUAAAGUUGUUUGAUGAAAGUUGCCCAAGUUUUCCAUUGGUUCUGUGGGGAGAAGAAUUGGUAGAUUACGCUCAGUCAUGGACCCAGGGAGAGACAGUGUUGUUUGUGGCAGAUGUGAGAAUGAACUAUGAUGACUUUAGGUCUUGUAUGGUGGCUACUGCAGACUCUAAAACUGUCUUUACACCAAACCCUGACACAGUUGAUGCUAAAUGCUUGUACCAAUUUGCUCUUACCCAGAACUUUGUUGAAGAUGAUAGUGCAGGAAGAGACCAGAGUGAUCCUCCAUUGGAGGAGAUAAAGGACAUUUUGGUUGUGGAACAGAUAGCCACCAGGGAGGGUGUUACCUCAGACUUUGCUGUGUUAUAUGGAGUUAUCACAAAGUUUGACCUGGACUCCGACAACACUGAACACUUCUGCAGGAGAAAAUGCACCAAAUGUAAGCAGAUGGUAUCAGCAGAUACUGGAUAUCAAUGUUCAAAUCCUAACUGCUCUCAGGCAGCACUUAGUGUGUUCAACACAACAGGGGAGAUCAUCCAUGUACAACCAGAAAUAGACUAUAGUGUACCAAUCAACAUAUCUGACCAUACUGGCACAGUGCAGUGUAGACUAUCAGCAGAUAUUCUCCACACUAUCACAGGCUGGAAUGUGAAAGAACUAAUGCAGAUUCCAGCUGAAGGAAGAACUGAGCUGAAAUGGCAGUACCUUCUGGAGAGAUGUAAAUUUCAUAUCAAGAUGCUGCGCAAUUAUCGUACUCCAGAGAGACUAUCUAUAAGGGUAAUGUCAUGUUGUAAAGCGGACUCUGCUGAGAUGCUGCAAAGUAUUUCACCAAUCAAAGGACGUUAAGUUCAUUAUGGUGUCCUGAUAUACUGUUAAGGGUUAUAAGAAUGUUUUAACUUCAGAAAAUUUAUAAAGAAAACUUUGGACUACCUAAUUAUAUAGAAUCAGACAUUUUCCCACAAAAUUACUUUAAGUAUAUUUUUGAAGCUUUUCCUAUUUUUUUUAUUCGUUUUCUUAGUGUAAAUCAUUAUACCCCAGAUACCCAGAUACAGAAUAUAAGUGGGCUUUAUUCUGUAUCUUCUAAACUGCUGGGCAGAUUUCAUAAAACUUGUAUCAGUUAUUAACCGCGUCAACAUAAUGUGCAGAGCGCACAACCCGUGGUCCAUGCUUUAGGUUACAUUUGCAAGUCAAAGGUCAAAUAGCUGAACUUCUUGUCAUCUCCAUAUCAUCUAAACUGCUUGCAGGAUUUUCAUUUAAGUAGCAACAGUUAUUUACCACGUCAAGACAACAAGCAGAUCUCAUGACUCUGGUCACUAAUUUCAAGGUCAACAUCAGAGAGGUCAAAGAUCAACUAACUUGAAUUUGUGUCCACAGUUUCUUUUAAACCAAUCAAAAUCAAUUUCACAAAACUAACAUUACUUCAUUACCUUAUCAAGAUGACCUGCAAAGGAUAUGACAUGGGUCACCAAGUCCAAAGUCAAGGUCAAAGAUCAUUUGACUUAAAUUUGCAUUUACUCCGUAUCUUUUUGACUGCUGCAAGACUUUCAUAUAACUAGCAUCAGUAGUUAACCACAUCAAGAUUACGUGCAGGGGACGAUCAUUAACUCCAUAGUCAAGGUCGCACUUAGAAGUCAAAUUUCAUAUGGCUCAAUUUUGUGUCCAAUACAUGUCUUCAUAAGCACUGCAAAGAUCUUCAUAAAACUAGCAUCAAUUGUUAUCCUCAGAGUGUACAACCUCGGUCACUAGGUCCAAGGUUAAGAUCUGUGAUAAAAAUUAUACAUUCUUGUGAUAACCACUAUGCUGUUCAUAUUGUUUUACCUGUUAUAAUAAAAUUUCAAUUUUCA